AUGGGGAGUUACAGGAUCUGUUUGGGCUUUACGAGAAAAUACAAAGUAACGGAGGCGGGGCCACCGGUGGACGUGAAGAAAGUGUUCAAGAAGUACUCGGAUGGUGGGACCCAGAUGUCGGCGGAGCAGCUCCGGCAGUUCCUUGUCGAGGUACAGGGCAAUGAUAAAGCUAAGAUCUCCCAUGCUGAGGAUAUUGUACGGCAGAUUCUCCAAAAAAGACACCAUAGUGCUCAAUCCACUCGCUCCACUCUCACCCUUGGUGAUUUUCAUCACUACUUGUUUGAUGCGGAUCUCAACCCCCCAAUAGGAACUGAGGUUCAUCAUGAUAUGAGUGCUCCAUUGUCCCAUUACUUCAUAUAUACCGGGCACAAUUCUUACUUGACUGGAAACCAGCUGACUAGUAAUUGCAGUGAUGUCCCAAUUAUAAAGGCACUGAAAAAAGGUGUGAGGGUCAUAGAACUUGAUUUAUGGCCAGCAAAGAAUGAUGUGCAUGUUCUUCAUGGAAGGACGGUGACAACUCCCGUGGAGCUCGAAAGAUGUUUGAAAUCAAUUAAAAAAUAUGCCUUUUCUGCCUCCCCAUACCCUGCCAUAAUAACUCUGGAAGACCACCUCACACCAGAUCUUCAGGCUAAGUAG